UUCAAAAGGAAUUCCCUCACGAUGGCUGACGUGGAAUUCCUCACUGAUCAAGAAGUAGAUAUACCCCUGGAGGGAGACAUAACAGUGCCCGGAAUUGCCAAGUCAGAUGAUGAGUUAUCUACCUUGGAUGAACCUGUCAAGGAAACCAUUAAAAGGGACCUAACUGCUGUGGGGAAGAAGUUCUUCCAUGUUCUGUAUCCAAGGACAAGUUUUGUUCUGCUGAAAGAAUGGGAUCUCUGGGGGCCGCUCAUCCUGUGUGUCUUCAUGGCAAUGAUGCUGCAGGGAGAUGAGAAGGUGGACAGCAUGAAGGAUGGGAGUCCUCAGUUUGCAGAGGUGUUCGUCAUCUACUGGACGGGCGCCUUCGUCGUCACCCUCAACACCAAGCUUCUCGGCGGCAACAUCUCCUUCUUCCAGAGCGUGUGUGUGUUGGGCUACUGUGUGCUGCCGCUGUGCAUCUCUCUCGUCGUGUGUCGGAUCAUCUUGGUUUUCGGUUCAGAGUCAACAGGACUUUUUAUCACCCGGUUCAUCUUUGUACUUGCAGGCUUUGGCUGGUCCACAUUUGCCUCCACUGCGUUCCUGGGGUCCAGUCAGCCUCCCAAGAGAAAGGCGUUGGCUGUAUACCCACUUUUCCUCUUCUACUUCAUCAUCAGCUGGCUCAUCAUCUCACACAAAGUCUGAUAGGGGGCACCACUCACGCUACGCCAGAGUAUUUAUAUUGUGGGACUCAAGUGUGCAACGUGAUGAAACUGUUUUUGGUGUAGCAAUAUAUGCAUCUUUGUCUGCAAGUGCGAGAGUGUGUGUACGAGGUCUGAUUGGUUAAGAAUGUCAGGAUUGUUUGCGUGUGAGAGCGUGAGAGAAAACAAUGAGAGAUGACAUUCUUCUAUACAUAUGUACAGACAGUUUCAAGUUUCUUUGUGAUUUAUUGUUACCACUUUUGCCACUUAUAUAGCAAUGUAUAUCAUGUGUUUUGAGCUCAGUGGUUAUCGGGGUGAAUAUUCAAUAGCACUUUGAUUUGGUCAGCCAGUGACCUGCAGACUCUGGACACAUCCUGAAUCUCCAUCUGGUCCCGCUGCCAACUUCUUCUGUGGCUUAAAACAAGAUUCAGUACAUCUUCCUGAGGCAAGGGAGUUAACUGACUAUAAAAGUCCAGUUACCACCCUUGCUGAACUAGGCUGGAAUUCCAGAGUUACGUUUUGGCUAGACUAAAGAGUCUAUGCAUAGUCCAACUAAAAUUGUGUAACGAACUAGACAUCUGGUCCAUAAACAAAAUGAAUUUCAACAUGCUGAAUUUGGUCGACUGCAGGAUUUGCUAAGCAUGUGUACCGCCAAGAGGGCGUCAACAGAUAUUUUGCAAAUCUUUUCAUGUUUUGAAUCAAGGUGCUCAAAUGAUGUGAAGCCGUUCGUGGGAUAAGACCUGUUUUAUUACAUUAUAGAUCAUGAUUAUCGAUAGAUUAUUUUAACUGAGCGACGCCAUUUUGUUCAAAGCAAAUGCAAGUGAUAUAAGAGAUGGAUUCUGAUUGGUCAGUAGGAGGGAUUUAGAAGGGACAUUGUAAUAGCCACUGGUGUCACUAUUAUCGAGCCAGAAAUUUCAGCCUAAUUCGGCAAGGGAGGAAACUGGACUUUUAGAGUCAGUUAAAUCACUUGCCUUUGGGAACGUGGACGGGGUGUAUAGAGGGGUACUGCAGUGUUGGUGGAGUUGGUGAGGGGAAUGGGGUGUAUCGAGGGGUACUGCAGUGUUUGGGGGGAUGGGGUGUAUCGAGGGGUAGUGCAGUGUUUGUGGAGUUGGGGAGGGGGGAUGGGAAGGAGCAUUGUUAUACCACCAUGUCUUCACUUGGCCAGUGGGUCUGGGUAGCUUUACAUUCUUUACCUAUGUUUCACAAGUUCGCUCACUGUUGACUGAAAAACAGUUUUAAGGACUUGUACAAGCAAGAAGUUUAUUGCAAUGACACCUUUUCCCCGUAGUUAAUUCAAAGUUCAUAUAACAUUUUAACAGUUCUACAUUUAGUGAAAUAUUCUUUGCUGUUCUGUUCUGUGUUUCGACUGUCAUGUCUCUAUUACUGUUGUGGGGAGGACGGGUGGCCCAGUCGCCUAAGGGUCUGCGAUUCGCUGUGCAGAGUUGCAUCCCUUGGGCAUGCCAGAAACCUAUGGUUGUGGGUUCGAAUCCCGGUUCACCCCAAUUAUGUUUCAAGGUUUGU